UUUAGUUGAGAUUUUGCUGAGCGCUGUUGAAGCGGUUUUGUUACGGCGCACUGUGACGACGACGAUUACAAAUGCGUCUGAUAUCGCAUUCCGCGAAAAUUUAUUUUAUUUUUUUUUCUUUUACUAAAUAAAUAAAUAUGGCAAUAAGAAAUUGCGUGAAGUAAUAUUAUUUGCGGAAAUUCUGCUGUCGUAAAAUGCCUUUAAAAUCAACAGUGUAUACAAAUAUAAAAAGUGUUGUCAAUGCAAUUGGAAGCAAGGAAAUUAUUCGAAGUGAAGUGAAACGAUUUAAGAACGCCCGGGCAAAAACAUACCCCUGGUAAUUAUUUUGGAAUUUAAACAAUUUCUCGUAAUAAAAAAUCACAUAGCCACAAAAGCAGUUUGAAAAUUGUAAAUACAAUAAAAAUUAUGAAAAAAAACCUAAAAAAUGCAUAAAUACAACACUUCACCACUUCACAUUCUCGCUUGGUGUAAAACGUAUUGUGAAAAACAUUAAAAAUUAUAAUUAAAUAAUCCGCAACCUCUAAAAACUUUAUAAACACACCCACCAGCCUUCUCGUUUGAAAAUAAUACACAGUUCAUAAUUUUUCCUACCGGAAAUAUCACAUAUAUGUACGUAUAUGUAUAAAUACUCGUAUCUUCAUAUAAUCAAAAUGAAAUUGUUGUUGAAAGUGAAUUCAGAAAAAGCUCGCAAACGCUAUGGCAGCUCUGUGACUUUGCCAGCGAAUGGAACUGCUGCCACAAUAAAACGAAUCAAUCAAAACAGAACCAGUGUAAAUACCUCCAUCUUCCAGAAACUAUCAACAUCCUCCAAACUUUUAAUAUUACUAAUUAUUUUAGUAAUAAUUGUAGCUGGCGUGAUUAUUUACAUAGAGAUACAACAAAGCAACAAAAAGACAGAGGCCGGACCUAUAUUGUUCGGCAACAGCUAUGAACAUGGGACAUUUCCGAAUUUAGGAAAUGGACAUCUGGUGAUCGAUCGCGAUCAAUGGGGCGCCUCGGAAUUGGCUAAAAAUCUAAAAAUACCACUAAAGCAUCCAAUACCAUAUGUACUCAUCACGCACAUUGGCGUCCAGUCGAAACCUUGUGAAAAUGUAUACAGAUGCUCGAUUAAAAUGCGCACAAUUCAAGAUUCAGCAAUUGCGGAAAAAAAUCUACCCGACAUACAGUCGAAUUUUUAUGUCGGAGACGAUGGCAACAUUUAUGUGGGACGUGGUUGGGAUUACGCAAAUACAUAUGCAAAUGACACCUUGGCUGUUACGUUUAUGGGUGAUUACGGACGAUAUGAACCAAGUGAAAAACAAUUGGAAGCGGCCCAAUAUCUCUUGACGCAUGCCGUCGUUAAUAAAUAUAUUAACUUGGCUUACAAAUUGGUGGCGCAAAAUCAGACCAAGGUCACAAAGAGUCCUGGUGCCAAUGUUUACCGUAACAUCAAAAAGUGGCAACACUUUUAUCCUUGUGGUAUAGGCGAUAAUCCGAGGUGCGGCGUAGAGCUGGGCAUGCCAGAUAUAUGGGAUGGCAAGAUGUAAAAGCAUCUUCAUGACAUUUAUUAGCAUAAGUAAUUAAAAAUAAAUUAUAUUAUAGUGAUUGAAUAAACUGUAGGUUUUGUUAGUUAUGAAAUAUUUUCAUACGUCUUUGUUAUAUUAUAUUUUUCACCACAAACACUCAUAAAUACAUUUUUGUAUAUAAGGUAAUAUAAAAAAUAUAUUUUUGUGUGCAUUAUAUUUGUAAAUUGUAAAACUUUCACUGUUAUGUUAAAAUAUGUAAAGUCUAUUAUAAGUCUCUAUAUG